AAAACAAAAACAAAAAUAAAACAAAAACAAAAACGAAAAAAGGGAAUUAAUAGGGUUAGUUCACGUGAGUGCCUGUGGGCCUGUGGCCAUAUCCGUAGUUAUCCGAAUAAAAAACAAAAAGUAAAGGGCCAUGCUGUACACACGUAAAAUACACUCACUUCAUAGGGCCCACCUCACCUCAGUAAUCUCCAGCGCCUUCCUCCUCCUUUUCCUUCUUGUCACCCGUCUGCCUUAUCCAAAACCAUAACCAAAACCAGAAAACCCAUUCAUUCCUACGUAUAUAUGCGUACAUGUACGUAAAUUAUUCAUCCAUACUCCAAUUAUAUUGAAUAUACUACUUUGUCUCCCUCUAGAUCUGCAUACAAACAACCAUUAAUUCAAUAAUCUCUUCUGUCUGUUAUAAGAAUGAAGCUCCAUGGACGUAAACUAUUACUCACCCAAUCACUCUUUUCACUCCAACCCAUCACCAAUACUCCAACGCCACCAUCCGGAUCACCUCCCGGCACAUUGCAUCCACCUAGCAGUAGUUAUACCUUCAUGCAGUCCCCCGUGGUUCUCGCAGUGCUGCUCAUCGUCCUCCUCGCGUUUUUCCUCCUCGGCUGCAUCUCCAACUGCAUGCACCAACUCCACGACGACGAGUCACAUCCUCGCCUACGAGAACCUGGCCAGGAAGAAGUGACAUCGAGUUUGUCUCCUGGGUCGGACUCCAACCUGCGUAUAGGAGUCGACCCGAAGACCAUUGGGGCUCUGCCGGUGUACUCAUACUGUGGGAAUUCCGACCACAAGUGCUACGAGAUCACGGACUGUGCGAUUUGUCUGAACGAGUUCCAGCAGAAAGAGGCCGUGAAGACGAUACCGUUUUGCAAGCACGUGUUUCAUCCUUGCUGCAUUGACACGUGGCUAUCUUCGCAGGUGACGUGCCCCGUCUGCCGGUCCACCCGGUUUUUCCACGAUCCGAAUUUGGGUGUGAGGGAAUCCGAAAAUAUAUGGAGGGUGGGAAGUAAUGAAAGGUGUAUAGAAGUGAUGGUUGUGGGUGUUAGGAGGAACAGUAGCUGCUCCAGUUUAGGAGAAUUAGCGGUGUUACAAAGAACAUCCAGUCUCUAAUUACAUGCUAAUUGUGUUUGUAGCCUUGCACAUAAGUUCCUAUUUUUGGUACUUCCUUGUACAUA